AUGCUGGCAGUAAUCCUUGACCGUUGCCCUGGUGUGUUGUUCUACAUUGACGAUGUGGUCGUCUUUGGCAAGACUGUGGAAGAACACCUCUUGAACCUGAAAACAGCCCUGCAGAAGAUCAAGGAUGCAGGCUUGAAACUGAACAACAAAUGCGUCUUUGACGCUCCAGAGCUCGCAUUUCUAGGGCACAAGGUCACUGCACGUGGUAUCUCGCCACUUCCUGAGAAGAUUGACUCCAUAGUUAACACUCCCGUGCCAACAGAUGUUGCUGCCCUCCAUGCACUUUCACGGCUACCAGCACCUACCUCAGAAGCAGAGCUUGCAGAGGAGGAAGAAAUUGUGUCGCUCGUUGAGCCAGCCUGUGUGGCAAAGGAGAAGUUCAGACAGGCCGUCCUUGACGAUGGGUGUCUAGAAACCGUCAAGUCCUUUGUGCUGAGUGCGUGGCCGCCACAAAAGUCCUUACCAGAAGAGGUGAAGCCGUUCUACCUUAUUAGAGAGGAACUUUCUGUUGUCGAUGACCUUCUACUGCGAGCAGAGCGCCUCGUGGUUCCGUCCUCUCUCACUGCCCAGUUCAUUUCCACCGCACAUGAGACACAUCCUGGUAUCACGCGCACAAAAGCGCGACUUCGUGAGCGGUUCUGGUGGCCACGAAUGGAUAAGGAGGUAGAAACAGCAGUGGAAAAGUGCCACAUCUGCCUCGAGGCCGAUAAAUCUGCCAAGACAUCACCAGCGCCACUGCAACCUGUUGAAUGGCCUGAACGACCAUGGCAAAAGCUGGCCUUAGACAUUGUUGGCCCCUUGGAGCGCGCACCUCACAACAGCAGAUUUGCUAUAACGCUUGUUGAUUACCACUCCAAGUGGCCAGAGGUAUAUUUUUGCCGGUUCCAGAGGGGGACGAUUCCCACCAGUCGCAGCUACCUGUGCCGCAGUUUCCAGUUCCGGUGCCACAGCCUGCCGGGCUACAACCUGCCGUAUCGGAUCCGCCACCUGCUGGCGUACUGCAACCUGCCGUGCCGCAGUCCCCUGGCGUAA